AAACUAACAACAGAAUUAAAAACCUCCACAGCCAAAGAAGCUCCAUGUUUCUCCCUAUCCUCUAGCUCUGUCUGAAAGAGGAGAAACAAAGAGGUGAUCUGUGAUCUGUUGCUUCACACUGAAUGCUGUCAUUACGUGUCUGAAUUUAUGUCAAGGGCAUAUCACAUGGACGAUUGGACAUGGAUUGUUGAAGUGAGUUUCUCAGUCAGGGAGAAAAAAAGAAGGAAAGAAAAAGACCCUCCUGGGAGAUUUGGGCCAGUAAGACUGAGUGACGGAGAGAGGAGGAGACAGAAGACAGUGCCGAGGAAGGUCUCGAGUUCCCCAAUUUCGACGGGAAGGACAGGGUGCUGGACAUCAGCGAGCGCAACUACAAGAAGGCUCUGAAGAGGUACGACCUGCUGUGCCUGUUCUACCAUGAGCCGUUACCUGCCAACAAGGGCCUGCAGAAGAGGUUCCAGAUGACGGAGCUGGUGCUGGAGCUCACAGCUCAGGUCCUGGAGAACAAAGACAUCGGUUUCGGGAUGGUGGACUCCCAGAAGGACGCCAAAGUAGCCAAAAAACUGGGUCUGGAGGAGGUGGGCAGCUUGUACGUCUUCAAGGACGACCGUGUCAUUGAGUUUGAUGGGGAGCUCUCAGCAGACACACUGGUGGAGUUUCUGUUGGAUGUGCUGGAGGAUCCAGUGGAAAUGCUCAAUAACGCCAUGGAGCUGCGAGCCUUCGAGAGGAUGGAGGAAGACAUCCGCCUCAUCGGCUACUUCAAGGGAGAAGAUUCAUACUACAAAGCUUUUCAGGAGGCCUCGGAGCGUUUUCAACCUUACAUCAAGUUCUUUGCCACAUUUGAUAAAUCUGUGGCCAAACAUCUCUCCCUCAAGAUGAACGAGGUGAAUUUUUAUGAGCCGUUCAUGGAGGAGCCGGCCAUCCUGCCUGGCAGACCUCUGUCGGAGAUGGACAUUGUCGAGUUUGUCAACCAGCACAGAAGGGCUACUUUGAGGAAGCUCCGGGCAGAGAAUAUGUUUGAAACAUGGGAGGACGACAUGGAUGGAAUACAUAUUGUUGCGUUUGCAGAGGAGGAAGAUCCAGAUGGCUAUGAAUUCCUGGAGAUCCUGAAAGACGUGGCCAGAGACAACACCAACAACCCGGAGCUCAGCAUCGUUUGGAUCGACCCUGAUGACUUCCCUCUGCUGACCACUUACUGGGAAAAGACCUUCAAGUUGGACCUGUUUAGACCUCAGAUCGGUGUGGUCAACGUCACAGAUGCGGACAGCGUGUGGCUGGACAUGUCCAACGACGAGGACCUGCCCACCCCCGAGGAGCUGGAGGACUGGAUAGAGGACGUCCUGUCGGGGAGGGUGAACACGGAGGACGACGACGAGUCUGCCGACGACCAGGAAAGCCCCGACAGCUACGUUCCAGAGGACAGCUACGAAAGCCACGACCCGGAUGAGGAAGAUGACAGCGAUGACUAACCUGAAUGUCAAGGGUUAGUGUCCUGGCAGUUCAAAAUACUGAACUCGCCUGGCACAUUAAAACCACAUUACAUGACAAAUUAGCUCUUUUUUUGCAAAUGAAAAGAAGUAGAAGGAAGAAAGUGUUUGGUCUCUCUGUAGAUUUGUGGUUUAAAUAUUAAAUUAAGCAGAUAAAACAGAACUGAUUAAAGGGUCAGCAUGGGAGACUUGUGGCCCAGUUUAUAAUAAAGUUAGCACAGUGCCUGAAGCAGUAAUACACCCGUGUUAAUACAAUAAAAAUUAAAUAACAAAAAUAAAAAAAUAAUUGAUUGUAGGCACCUUUAAAGUUGACAUAAAUGAUUAGUUAAGAGGAAUUGUGUGUAUACAUGUGAAAAUAAAUUACAAAUGUUUUUUUUUUUUUUAAGUACAAUAGUGCUUGAACUUUCUGGUCAUUAAUUCAGGACAUAAUAAAAGUACACAAC